GCAAAAUAAAUGGACUGUCUUCAAAUAUUACUUCUCUCAGUAUUUCUCUUUUUAUCUACCAAAUUAUUGCUCACAAAAUCAAAGACAAAGUCAAAUUUUCCGCCGUCUCCGGCAAACUCAUUGCCCGUGAUCGGCCAUCUCCACCUCAUAAAGCGACCGUUCCAUCGGAAAUUUCUUUCUCUCUCCCAAACCCUCGGUAAUGCUCCAAUAUUCCACCUCCGCCUCGGACAACGUCACGUGUACGUCGUCUCGUCACGUACCAUCGCCGAGGAAUGUUUCACCAAAAACGACGUCGUUUUGGCGAAUCGGCCUGUGUUGAUGAUAAAUAAGCAUUUAGGGUAUAAUGCUACACAUAUGAUCGGAGCAUCUUACGGCGAUCACUGGCGGAGCCUCCGUCGAAUCACCACUUCUGAGAUAUUUUCGUCUCUUAGGCUCUCUACGUUUUUGCAUAUCCGUAAAGACGAGAUCCGACGGCUUAUACUACGUCUCUCCCGAGACUCUUUACACGGAUUUGUGGAGGUGGAGAUGAAAUCACUAUUUACAAACUUGGCAUUCAACAACAUCAUCAGGAUAAUAGCUGGGAAGCGAUACUACGGCGAUGAUGCAGAUGACGAAGACGAAGCCCAAUUCGUGAGACAAUUGGUGUCUGAGGUUGUUGCCGGCGAUAGUGGAAGAAAUCCAGCUGACCAUCUUUCGUUUUUGCGAUGGUUCACGGAUUCUGAAGCACGGAUCAAAGAUGUGGCUCAUCGUUUCGACGCAUUCUUGCAAAAACUAGUUGAUGAGAAGCGUGCGGAGAAAGAAAAAAGUAAGACGAUGAUUAAUCACUUGCUUUCUCUCCAAGAAACCAAACCUGAUUGCUACACCGAUGUUAUCAUCAAAGGAAUCAUCCUUGAUUUGAUUGUUGCGGGGACGGAUACGGUAUCCAUAACGCUAGAAUGGGCAUUGUCUAAUUUGUUGAAUCAUCAAGAGAUCCUGAAGAAAGCAAUAAUUGAAAUUAAUGAUCAAAUCGGUUUGGACCGGUUAAUCGAUGAACCAGAUAUUGUGAAUCUCCCUUAUCUGCAAAACGUAAUGUUAGAAACGCUACGUUUGUAUCCUCCAGCUCCAUUGUUACUCCCUCACCUGUCAUCGGAAGAUUGUGAAGUGGGAGGCUACCAUAUGCCACGUGGCACAAUGUUAUUGAUGAAUGUGUGGGCCAUGCAUAGAGAUCCGGAAUUAUGGGAAGAGGCAGAGCGUUUUAAACCGGAGAGGUUUGAAAAGGAAGGGGAAGCUCAGAAGCUUAUGUCGUUUGGGCUAGGACGACGGGCUUGUCCUGGAGCAGGGCUUGCUCAUCGGUUAAUGGGCUUGGCUCUUGGGUCGUUGGUGCAGUGUUUCGAGUGGGAGAGAGUUGGUGACGAACGAAUUGAUAUGAGGGAAGGGAAAGGAGUGACGAUGCCCAAAAAGGAGCCAUUGCGAGCCCUAUGCAAAUCACGUGCUCUUGCCGGUAACGUUCUUGCUGUGAACUCUUUGUAAAUUUGAAUCAUUUUUCACGAUUUGUGUGUGUCAUUUUUGCACAGAACCAAUGCUAAUGUAUCUCUAAUCGUGUGUCAUCCUUGUACUAAUUUUUUUAUUAGUAGUGUCAGUGUUAUAACCGGG